GCUAUGAAGUUUGCUGUUCCAAGAGUUUGGAGAGAACCCACUGACCAUUCAAGCAACUGCUUUUUCUGCAUGGUGGACCCUUCCAAACGUCGGACUGGCAAAAAAGCAAGUCAAAUCAUGUAUCCUGACAUUCCUUCAUCCAUGGCUCCAGUUCCACACAGCUCUGACCGCCCCGUUCCUACUCCUCCAGAGAAAGAGCAGGUGUCUUCCUGUGAGAGCCCUGAUUCCAUGAGUGUGGAAGACAAUGAAGGUGAAGGAUUUAAUUUACUAGCUGAUAACAAAAACCCAUACUAUCCCAACCAAAAGGACAUGAAUGAUUUGAUCAGAGAUCUUGGUCUAACCAAGUCCGAUGCUGAACUUUUGACGUCCAGACUGAUGCAGUGGAAUUUGCUGGAUCCUAGUGUUAAAGUCACAUGUCAGAGGAAGCGUCACGAACGAUACCAAGGACAAUACAAUGAGAACAUGAUGGGAGAUUACAUUUGGGGAUUGAUUAGAGAAAAAGACUCGCAGUUUAAACGCUAAGUUCGCCUUGUGAAU